AUGAAUAUGUUUAACAACAAUACAGGGAUUUUCCGGGGUUUAGUUUCUAGCCCGGUGGCUCGGUUUUCCGAGCGUUCUGAUUCGCUUACCGGUUUCAACGAUGAUCUGUCUGAUGAAGAAAUGGGUAUAGARGAGCUUGAGAAGAAGAUCUGGAAAGACAAACAGCGUUUAAAGCGGCUCAAGGAGUUGGCGAAGAUCGGGAUCAGUGAAAGAUUGUUAAAGCAGCCUGAUGAUUGUCAAGAACAUUCGAGUAAGAGAAUGAUGUACAAGACACAAGAUGGUGUCUUGAAGUACAUGUCUAAGGCAAUGGAGCGUUGUAAAGCUCAAGGUUUUGUUUAUGGGAUCGUGUUAGAGAACGGAAAAACGGUAACUGGAUCUUCUGAUAAUCUCCGCGAAUGGUGGAAAGACAAAGUAAGGUUCGAUAGGAACGGACCAGCUGCUAUAAUGAAGCACCAAAGAGAGAAUUCCUCUGAUGGAAAUGAAUUAGGGUCUGAGUUUGAGGGGAGUACUGCGGAUAAGUUGCUUGAGCUACAAGAUACAACUCUUGGAGCUCUUUUAUCGGCGUUGAUGCCUAAUUGCAAGCCUCCUCAGAGGCGAUAUCCGUUGGAGAAAGGCGUGACACCGCCUUGGUGGCCAACGGGAAAAGAAGAAUGGUGGAAUCAAUUGUCUUUACCCGCGGAUUGGCGAGGACUUCCUCCACCUUACAAGAAGCCUCAUGAUCUCAAGAAGUUGUGGAAAGUUGGUGUCUUGAUUGGUAUAAUCAGGCAUAUGGCUUCAGACAUUAACAACAUACCGAAAYUCGUGAGACGGUCUAGAAGUUUGCARKAGAAAAUGACUUCAAGAGAAGGCUCUUUAUGGCUCGCUGCUCUUAACAGAGAAAAAGCCAUUAUUGAUCAGAAUCACUACUCUUUAAGCUACUCUAGAGAAGACAACAACAACACUUCUAGUCUUCUUGUUCCUGGAAGCGGCGGCGACACAAAUCUUCUAUUUCCUGAAUCUGCAGAUUAUGAUGUUGAAGGGACUGGUGGAUCUAAUCUUCGAUUCAAUCCUCAAGUCCCUGAAUUUGGCAACUACAACAACUUCAAUUGUGUUUACAAGAGGAAGAUCGAAGAAGAUUUGGAGAUGUCAAUGCAUCCAACAAUCUUAACAUGUGAGAACAGUCUCUGUCCUUCUKGCCAACCACAAAUGGGAUUUCAUGACAGGAACAUAAGAGAGAAUCACCAAAUGACUUGUCCUUAUAAAGCCACUUCCUAUUACCAACCCACUAAACCCUUUGGUAUGUCUGGUUUAAUGGUUCCUUAUCCGGGUUAUAACCGGAGUCUUCAUGGAAGCAGACCGGAGAAUCAAGUGACAAUGCAGCAGCAGCAACAGGUUCAGAGGGUUCAAGACCUGUUUAAUCCAUCUAACAGACCAAAAGCACCACAAAGAGGAGGCAACAAUGGUUAUCUGUCUGAAAACCGGUAUGAUUUGGUUGAUACUGGUUUAGUCUUACCUAGUAGUACUGACUACAAUGGCAAUUUGGAAAGAGGAGGAAUGGUGAACAAUCAAGAGGAAGGCUUGCCCAUGGCUUGGGUUGAGUAA